AUGAAGAAGGGACAUAGAAAUUCUUGGGCUUUGGAGAACCAGCUCCUGAAGAGGAAGACGAAGAAGAAGAGCCACAACCGGGACUCCUCAGCUCCCCAAGGAUUUCAGGUGAGCAAAGGAUGGUUCCACCGGUUCAAGAUAAGGUUCCAACUAAAGUCUGUUUCCCUACGUGGGGAAGCUGCAUCUGCAGACAAAGAGGCAGCCGCAAAAUAUCUGGAGGCCUUCAUGAAAAUAAUCCAGGAGAAAGGAUAUCGCCCAGAACAGGUGUUCAAUAUGGACGAAACUGGCCUGUUCUGGAAGAAAAUGCCGUCCUGGACGUACCUUAUGAAGGAUGAAGCUAAAGCCUCCAGAUUCAAGGCACAAAAGGACACGGUGACCCUCCUGAUGUGCAGGAAUGCUGCUGGUUUUAUACUGAAACCAGGCCUCAUUUACAAGGCUGCAAAUCCCAGGGCACUCAUGAACAAGAACAAGGCGUUACUGCCCGUCUUCUGGAUGCAUAAUCCCAAGGUCUGGGUCACCAAAGUCCUUACGGAGUACUGGUUUCACCAGAGUUUCAUUCCUCAAGUUAGGCAAUACCUGGCCAAUUUGGACAUCAACGUCAAGGUUUUGCUCAUAAUGGACAAAGCUGGUGGCCACCCUCUCGAUCUUUAUUCCAAGGGAGUCCAGCUUGAGUUCCUUCCUCCCACCACCACCUCUCUCCUCCAGCCUAUGGAUCAGGGCAUCAUCCGUGCCUUCAAGGCACUCUACACCAGGAACUCCCUCCAACACCUUGUUGAUGCAAUGGACCAUGACAGCAAAUUUACGCUGAAAGAUUAUUGGCGUAAAUUCACGAUGGCCACGUGUCUGUCUGUCAUUGACCGGUCGUUGAAGGACAUGAAGGAGGAGACCCUGAAUGCCUGCUGGAGUAACUUGUGGCCAGACUGUGUCCACAAUUAUACAGGCUUUUCUCCUCAGGAAAUCCAGCAUUCGGCCAUUAAUAAGGCCGAUCAGUUGGCAAAAAUUCUUGGUGGUGAGGGCUUUGACGACAUCACCGAGGAAGAAUUUGGCACCCCUCAUUGA